UGACUCUGUUUCUCAAAACGAAACCCUAACCGAUUCCACACUUUUCCGAUCAAAAAAAUGGGAACACCAGAAACUUCAAGAGAACCAUGUCCAUAUCGGAUCUUCCUCGACAUUGGAGGAGCGUUCGGAAUGGGAGCCAUCGGCGGCUCCGCCUUCCACUUCUCCAAAGGUCUCUACAAUUCACCCCAAGGCUCUCGUUUCACAGGCGCAGCACAAGCUGUUCGUCUUAACGGAGCACGAAUCGGCGGUAGUUUUGCCGUUUGGGGUGGUUUAUUCUCUACAUUUGAUUGUACUAUGGUUUACCUUCGUGAGAAAGAAGAUCCAUGGAAUUCAAUUAUUGCUGGUGCUGCUACCGGUGGUUUUCUUGCUAUGCGUCAGGGUUUUGCUGCUUCGGCAAGAUCUGCGGCGGUUGGUGGUGUUUUGCUUGCGCUUAUUGAAGGUUCUGGAAUUGCGCUUAAUAAGUAUUUAAGUGCUCAGCAGCCUAUGCCGAUUAUGAUGGAUGAGAUGCCUCCGCCAGAGGAAUUGGAUUCGAAUAAGGCUGCAGAGAAGGCGUGGUUUGGUAGAUUGUUCGGUGGUGCGAAGGAAGAAGAGAAGAACACUGGAGGAAGUGAGGUGAAUAUUCUUGAGAGUUUUGAUGCUCCUCCUGUGCCUAAUUUUGAGUACAGGUGAAUUAGGGUUUGGUUUUUGACUUUUGAGGUAGUGUUUUUUGUUAUGUUCUGAAAAUU